AUGCCCGUGCCAUAUGUAGCAGCACUGAUGGGUCAAAAUAACAGCAAAAGGAUAAUAUCCCUGUUGGAGAAGGCGAAUGGCGAAAAAUGGAACGACGUCGAGUUGUACGGCGAACUGUCAUCCUUGGGUAGGAGCCUACACAACCAGGAGGACUUCUCCUUAUGUAAAAGGGUCUUAGACGAUGAAAAAUGUGUCAGAAUUUUUUUCAAUUUUUUGAUAAACACGUUGCAAAAGUUGAUACUAAAGGGUUCUACGGAAUGCCUAGAUGAUUGCAAAGCGUGUGUAAACAUAUGCCUUAUGCUGCUCCCAGUGUUACAAUAUAACUGCCACAAAAAGGAGGUUUUCGAUUUGCUGUGGAGAGAAAAUCGUGUAGAGUGCCCCGUCCAACCGAACUACGCAUGCACGAGCAAUGUGCUCAUUCUCCACCUGUACAACUUUUUCCUUCUCGCCUUGUUCACGGAAGGUAUAUGUAUUCAGGGAGGAGGAGGGGGCGAUGCCACGGUCGUUACAGACCACGCAAAGGGUUCCGACAAUGCAGACGACCUGGAGGAUGCCAACCAACUGAAGGGCAUCUCCUCCCUGCCUGUAAACACAGUGGAUGUAAGAAAACUAUGGUUGCACAAGUUUUGCAUUCAUCAGAGAGUCAAAUAUGAGAGGAGUGGACAAGACGAGCUGGGAAGCGAAAAGUGUGAACAUGGUGGUGAGCAUGUAAUAAAUGGUAAAGAAGGGAGUGCACCACUGGUUGUAGGCAAGGACGAUUGUGAUAGCGUUAGUGGCGUCGGCGAUGGAAAACACGCCAAACUGGGCCCCAACUGCUCAGACGUCUGUGACAGCGGAAAUGCUAGUACCAUCUCCCCUGGGGAAGCAAACCCAAGUUAUGAAAUAUCAAACGGUGAAAUCUGCUUAAAAUGUCAAAAGGCAGAUGAGAUGACGACGACUCCUUUAAAGAGGAACCCAAGCAGCGUCGAUGUAGCACCCCCACACAGUAACGAUAUAAACCUGGAAUUAAUAAAAAACAGAAGCGCUAUUUUAAAGUGCCUCCUAAUCCUGUUAAGCUCGUAUGUAUAUUUAGACGAAAGCAAGUACCUAAAAGAGAAGAAUUUUUUUCUUUUUCUUUUUACAAGUGGGGAAGUUUACUAUACUGCAAAUUUUUUUUUUUCCCUCCUGACCGUCAUAUAUGACAAUGAAUUUAAUUAUUUUAGUUUUUAUUUUUAUGAUAAUAGCUAUUUGGAGUUUUACAAUUUGUGCAUUCACAUUUUGAACUUGCUGAUUGAUUUUAGUCCGUUUGUUUUGGAGGACGACAAGAGGGUGCACUACCUGAGAGGCGCGACCAGGUACUUCUACAGCGUCGCACAAGGGGGAGAAGAGCACAUAGGAGGAGAACACGGGGGGGAUGCCUCCCUCCGAAGUAGCAGCAGCACCCAGUCGCUAAAUCAGAGCGGAAAAGAACCAAUCAAGUGGGACGACACGCUGGUAACUCAUGGCGAAAGUGGUGAAGAGGGCAAGUCAGACACGGAUAAAAGCACAAAGGGGGAGGAGCACCUUCCCGAAAAGGACGAACAAAGAAUCAACGAAACGAAACGAAAAUUUUACUUAAACGAAAUUAAUCCAAAGGGGAAAAACACAAAUAGGGACUAUUACUACGAUUUUUUAAAAAAGCAAAAGAAGUCCAGAAAACUGCGCUCCAAUAAUGUGUACCAAGAAAUGCUGCGUAAGUUAGACAUAAACGAUAUUUCGUACAUUUACAAAGGAGCGUUAAACAUACUGAUAAGUUACAAGCUGUACUACGAGCAUUAUGAGGAGCAGGUUUUGUUUCUUCACAAUUAUUUGUGUCUUCUGUGGCACUUGAUGGAUAACAAUCGGCUGUUUAUUAGGCACAUGAAAGACCACAAUAGCAGCUUGUUCCUCUUUUACAUUCUGUACAUACUGGUCUGCUUUAAUCAUCAGCGGAAACGAGAAAUGCAAGCUCUGGCCGACCUGCGCAAACGCGAGAAGGCAGUCGGUAUGACCGUUACCACAACCGUGGACACAGCCGCAGACACCACCACUAACAUAAGCAACCCGCCCAACACAAACAACUACGACGAACAACCGCACGUCUACCACAACGGAAGCUUCAACCAGUCGGGCAAGUGCGACGAGUUCAACGUACGCAAAAUAGACGGCCUGAUUUACAUUUGCCUUUUCAUAAUCCUGAAGGUGUCAUCCAACGCAACCAUUUGCAAAAACCUCAACCAAAAGUACGACCAGAAAAUUAAGGUGAAGUUCCCGCUAAGAAACGUCUACCAGUUUGACUCCUACGUGGACUUCCUAGUGUACACCUUAUGCAUGCUGAUCAAUGACAACAUUUUUUUUCUAAAGUUCGAGCGAAUUAUCGAUAUGUCCAUUACCAUCCUGACGAAUGUCAGCGUUUACAUCAAGUCCAUGAACACCUACUCCUGCGAGAGCAUAAUUAAUAUUUUAAAAAAAGUUUUAAAAAAGGAAUGGCUCCUCUCAUCCCAACAUCAUUAUUAUUCACUUUUUCUUAUGCUGGAUUUUAUAAACAACAUCCUAUCGCACAACUUAAAUGAUAACUACAAUUUGAUUUACAUGAUCAUAAAGAACAAGGACGUCUUUUUCUCCAUUCACAACUUGGACCAGAUGUUAAAGGAUAACUGCCUUUCUGUCUCCACCCCCCCGGCUGAUCACUGGGUACCCACCGAAAGUUGGCUAGUCAACUGGAAGAACAAGCUGCCCCUGCAGUUCAUCGACAGCAUAAUUUAUGACUUGGCGAAUCUGAUCGAAGAAGAGUGUGACGAGAAGGAAAUACUGGACUACAACGAUGUCGUGAAUUUAAUUAAAAACCACUGUUCGACCAUAAAAAAUAACAAAAUUCCUUUCAUCAUAAGGAAGUACGAGAAGAACAUUCUUCUCUCCAAGUGGGUCACUAGCUACAUGUACUUUCUCUUGUUCUCCCACAUGUACAAGGAAAAUCUGUUCAUAAAUGGAGGCAUUAAGUUUAUAUUUUAG